CUAUUUGUAUCUACAUCUUCUCCCUCUCCCUCUCUCUCUCUCCCUGUCUCCCUCCCUCUCAUCCUCUCGUUAGAGCUGCUGAAUUAUUUAUCAUCAGACAGUGGGCUCGGCUGCUGAGGCAGAGGGUGAUGGAGAGCUAGAGCGAGGAAGAGGAGAUGGAGAGAGAGAGGGAAGUAUGGAGGUGUCCGAUGCUGCAGGAAACCGUGAGUCAGCAGGGAGAGAAAGACCCAGUGGGAGGGAAGACGGAGAGGGUUUAUAGAUAGCUUCUAGGUGAUACGGCUGGAGAGAGCGGCGUCAAAUGCCUCCCGGUGCGUUUGUGAACGUGCGUGUGCAUGCGCCUAUCGAUUGAGAAGAGAAGGUCAUGGAGCCGAGAGGAGAUUAGCAAACUAGACUCGGAGCACGGCGGCACAGCUAACGCCUCCUCUGAAUAGCAGCUAGACAGAAAAAGGAAGAGCCGAGAGAGAGAGAGAGAAAGAGAGAGGGAGAAGGCGAAAGGACGAGAGGAGCGGCUCCAGCAUGGGGGAGAGCUACAUGUACCAGCGACUCCCCUUCACCCGAGGAGAGGAGGAGGGGGAGGAGGGGGACGAAGAGGAGAGAAGCAGCAGGAUCACAGAGAGUGUCGGGGGACAAAUGAUGCAGUGUGAGGAGGGGACAGAGUGGCUGCUGGAGCUGCUGACAGAUGUGCAGCUGCAGCAGUACUUCCUGCGGAUCCGCGACGAGCUCAACGUCACGCGACUCUCGCACUUCGACUACGUCAAGAAUGAAGACCUGGAGAAGAUCGGCAUGGGGCGCCCGGGUCAGAGGAGGCUUUGGGAGGCAGUCAAGAGGAGGAGAGCCCUUUGUAAACGCAAGUCCUGGAUGAGCAAGGUGUUUCCAGUCAAACGACCCGACGCCGACCCCCAGCAGCCGCUCCCUCAGGGGGCGUCGUCCGGCGCGGCUCCGGCCAAUAGCGAGCCGGGAGCCUCGCUCACCUGCCUAAUCAGAGAGUCGGAGCUGCAGCUGUUCGAGCGGCUGGGAGACGGCACGUUCGGGGUGGUGAGGAGAGGAGAGUGGACCGGACCCAACAGCAGAGUGCUGUCGGUGGCCGUGAAGUGUCUGAAGGCCGGCGUGUUGGACUCAGACGGUCUGGACGAUUUCAUCAGAGAGGUGAACGCCAUGCAUUCACUGAGCCACCAGAACCUCAUCCGGCUCUACGGCAUCGUCCUCACGCAGCCCAUGAAGAUGGUGGCUGAGCUGGCCCCUCUGGGUUCCCUGUUGGAUCGUCUGAGAAAGCGUCAGGGUCACAUCCUCAUCUCCUCUCUGUGUAACUACGCUGUGCAGGUGGCGUGCGGCAUGGCCUACCUGGAGCAGAGACGUUUCCUCCACAGGGACCUGGCCGCCCGGAACGUUCUGCUGUCCACCAAUGAAAUAGUGAAGAUCGGAGACUUCGGCCUGAUGAGGGCGCUGCCGACACACACCGACCAAUACAUCAUGGAGGAGGGCCACAAAAUCCCUUUCCCCUGGUGUGCUCCGGAGUCUCUGAAGUCUCGUUCUUUCUCUCACGCGUCUGACACCUGGAUGUUUGGGGUCACGCUGUGGGAGAUGUUCACCCACGGACAGGAGCCCUGGGUGGGCCUUAACGGGAGCCAGAUCCUCCACAAGGUGGACGUGGAGGCCGAGAGGCUGUGCAAACCAGACGACUGUCCUCAGGAUAUUUACAACGUCAUGCUGCAGUGCUGGAGCCCCAAACCCGAGGACAGACCCACCUUCAUCGCACUCAGAGACUUCCUGCUCGAGACCAUGCCGACUGAUAUGAAAGCUCUGCAGGACUUUGAGGAGGAAGACAAACUUCAGAUUAAAAUGAACGACGUCAUCACCAUCAUAGAGGGAAGGGCAGAGCACUACUGGUGGCGAGGUCAGAACAGGGGGACGCUGCGUGUCGGUCAGUUUCCCCGUCACGUGGUGACGGCAGUCGCCGGUCUGUCCGCACAGGACAUCAGCCGGCCGCUCAAACACUCCUUCAUCCACACUGGACACGGAGACACGGACCCUCACAGGAGCUGGGGACAUGCAGACCGCAUAGACAGUCUGUACCUGGGGAACCCCAUGGACCCUCCUGACGUCCUCGGGAUGGAGCCGGGCACCGCGAGGCCGACCAAACUCCCCAACCGUUCCAAAAAGCAGCCUCCUCCUCGUCCGCCCCAACCUGCCGUCCUGCUGAAGAAGCCGUUCUACGACUCAGUGAUGGACGACUACGACGACGAUGACGACACCAGCGCUUCGUCCGGGCUGAAGAGGCUGGGGGUGUCCCUGGGGCUGAAGCUCCGACCGUGGGAGGGGUCCGGCGUGCGCUCAGCCAAGAGCGAGGUGUCGCUCAUCGACUUCACCGACGACAGCUUCAGCUCGACCACGCCCUCGCCGCUCACUGAGGCGUGGCAGCCGGACGAGGACACACUGAAGGACACUCCGUCCAUCCUGGACUGGCCUCUCCCUCAGCCAGCUUACGACGAGGUUGCUACAGAGCUCGAGGACCAAUCGGAGGACCAGGAGGUUCGCUCCAUUAAUAAGGGAUUCACCGAAGAGGCCGCCGCCAUGCCCGGCUCCGCUAUGGCUGGCAGGAGCGAGUCGCAGUCAGCCGACCUCUUCCAGGAGCUGCAGAGAGAGGUGAUGGUGAAGCUGCAGGUUCCGAUGGCCACCGGCCGCUCCCUGCCCUCCUCCCCCCUCCCGAUGCCCCUGGCUCCGUUGGGCCCCCACCGUCAGAUCUGCCUCCCUCCUCCCUCCCCCACCUCCACCUCCUCCUUCUCCUGCAGCUUCGAGGACCGGCCGGUGUUGCCUCCUCGCAGCCCCGUCCCCCCGCUGCGCCCUUCUAAGCGCAACCUCUCCACCCGUACCCCCCACCCGCAGGCGCGCUCCAGCUCCAUCUCUCUCGGGGGCGAGGAGGACACGCCCCCUCAGAUCCCGCCCAGAGACCACGCCUUCUCACAGCCCGGCUCCCGCUCCUCCUCUCCUCUCCCACUGGUGCCGCCGCUGUCCUCCUACCCCAUGGCCCUGCCUCCUCCUCCCCUCUCCGUCUCCCCGCGCCGGGCGUCCGGACUCCUGGGUCCUCUUCUGACCGCCAACAACUCCUCCACCUCCUCCUCCUCCCAGGCUCAAGCCAUAUCCAUUCCCCGCCUCACAGCUCGUGGUUCCAACUACUCAUCCAGUUCCUUACUGGAUCCUCUCGCCUUUCGUGAGGGGCGUGGCCUCUCCUCGCUGAUUGACAGCUCCCCGAGCUCCACUCCCGCCCCGUUGCCAGAGCGACCAGCUUUUCUGGAAAGAUACGGAGCAGCUAAUAUGGCGGCAGUCAAACCCAUGAUUCAGCAUCCCGGUGGAGCAAAACCAAACUCCUCCUACAACAACAACAACAACGGGCGAACUGCAGCUCCCAGCAUGCAACAGGAGCAAAGUGUCACACAGGUCCAAGGAGCGGUACAUGGUGUCACGCUGGAGGAGUGUCAGGCAGCUCUGCAGAACCACAACUGGAGCAUCCCUCAGGCCAUAAAUCACUUGAAGGUGGAGCAGCUGUUUCGUCUGGGCCUGCGGUCAAGAGCUGAGUGUGAGGAGCUUCUGCAGCGCUGCCAGUUUAACCUGGAACAGGCCAGCACGCUCAUGCUGGACUCAUAUGGACCACAUCGAAACAGGAAGUGACAGCAGGGGGACAAACUGUGUGGCGAUCAAGCACUUACGAGCUCCUGCUGUAACUCGGGUCAGCACGCCAACAUUGACCUGCUUGGAUGACUCAUCGCUCCGAGCAGCCGAGUGACAGAGUCGCUUUUUAAUGAACAGAGGAACAUACAUGUAAAGCAUUAUAUGUGCCUCACGUAAUGUACUGUGAAUACCUGCUAUUACAAGAGUCAAACACAUGCAUGCUCAUCGUUAGUUUACAGAGCAGCUCCUUGAAUGACGCAUUAUUUAAAACUGUUGCUAUUUAUGUUUUUUUUUAAUUAUAACCUGUAUAAUGAGAUGGUAGCUAUGAUGCAAGCUUCUACUGCGUGUGUGUAUACUGUGAGUGCGUGCAUGUCCAGGUGUGUGUGUGUGUGUGUGUGUGUGUGUGUGUGUGUGCAUGCAUAGCUUACAUUUAUGUUCAAACACUGUAAAUGCCCAUGCCUUUCUGCUGUUUAUGAAGCGGUUAUAAAAUCAGGGAAACGUCAGCUAACGAUAUAGUUGUAUGUUUUUAUGAAAAUGUGCUGAUAAGAUGCUGUAUUGUAUAUAGCACUUUACUGAGUGUGUCGACACACAAGCGGAUAUUUUUGAGGACUCAUUAACUGCUGGUCAGAAUAAAAUUUAUCUAGUUAGUGAAGUGAAUCAGAUGCUGAUAUGGACUGGAAGCAUAUCAGAUAUUGUUAAUGUAUCAUAUGUGUUGUAAACAAAGCUUUUUAGGCUUUUUAAAGGCUUGAUUUUUAGAUCUUAUUGUAGGCAAUAAGAUGCUGGAACAGAAAUGUGAAGAUAUCUACCGUCUCCAUAUGAACACAGGGUAUUAGGCACUGAAUAUUUAAUCAACCUCAAAUUGAUGUUUAGUAUUACUUCCUGUGAAAAUGACUGCUGCAUGAUAAUCAUAAACACAUGCUGAAGCGCUUAAGUGUGCAGGUAAAAUACAGCUUUGUGUGUGUUUGUGUGUGUGUGUGUGUGUGUGUGAGUGUGAGAGAGAGUGUGUGUGUGUUUGUGCACGUGCCAUAGACUGUGUAAAAGAAGUGGACGUAUUCUACGGGUCUGAAAAAGUGAAGCCAGUGUGGAGGUGUCUUAAACCUGCAUUCUUUCUAGUGGCCAGCAGGGGGCGACUCCACUGGUUGCAGAAAGAAGUCAGAUUAUAUAGAAUUUCAUGCGAAAAUUGCCCAACUUCUCACUUGAUUCAUUACCUCCAUAAACAUUUUUCUAAUGAGUUUAUGCUCUCAAUAGCUGUGUUUCCAAAAAAGUCGAAGCCAAUUUUGCAGCAAUGUUUUGAAAUGUUGCUUUAAAGAAAAUGUGAUUACAUUUCCAUCACUUGGUUUAGAGCAAAUAAACAAAGUUGCGGUAACGUACUUUGGUCAGAAGGUGGCAGUGUGGUGUAUUGCUGUAGAAUAUACUAUAAUAGCAGAAUUUGAUGCCAUUGAAUCAGGCUGCCACUGUCUGAGCCAAGGUGCCGAAACCUAAUUUUUUCUAAGAUGACUUAAAUUACAAUAUACACAAAGGUUGUUAUAAAAGAAAUGGCUUAAAACCCCUGUAACCACAGCUUCAAGUAAAAGAUCUGAAUACCUCUUCCACCACUAGAAAGCGAGGGAUCCAUAAGCUGUGUUUUCCAAGCGAAGUCCAAGCCAAUUUUGAAGAAAUUUUACAUAAAACAUAGCUGCAUAAACGUACUUUGGUCAGAAGAUGACAGUAUAAUAUAUUGCUCUAGGCUAAUCCAUCAGUAAAUAGAAGAAGAAGUAGAGAACAAACAACAACAAAAAAGAUGUUGCUACCCAGACAAUUUGGCCACCCACGAGAGAAAAGAAGAGAAGUUUUCAGGAAUUGGAUUAAAUUGGGCAACUUAAAAUUGUUCUUUCAUGUCAGAGGAAACAGUUGAUGAGUCAUGUGAGUUAAAUGUUCGCUAAGUCAAAACUUAUUCGGAAGAAGUGUUUCCAUCUCCAGUUUAGCGCAUUAACUAUUAAAAAAAAAAAAAGACAAAAACCACCUCAAGUGAGCCGAAAAACUUGCAUGAACAUUUUAUUGAAUUUGGGUGUUUCCAUCAAGCUUUUCUCAUGCAAUUCUUCAAAAUGCACAUAGAAAUUUGUUGAUGGAAGCAGGACUAACAACUCUAGUUUCAGGUCUCCUUCAAUACAGCAUGAUGUUAAUUUCUGUUAAAUUGGUCCCAGUUGGAGUUAAAUAAAGCAGGGAAUGCUUUAAGUGGGAUUUAUUGUUUCCACAUAGUCCAAAUACCGUCAUUUCCUGCUCCAAAAACAAAGAUUGGCAACAGUCAAAAUGCCAGGCUUCAAGAUGUUAGUCCAUAAACUUCUCGAUGACGUUGCAGUGACGAUGUGCACUUCUGUUAUACAGCAUAUGGUCGGUGCAGUUAUUGAUCAUGAAUGUGAUCUCUUUAAGCAGCUAAACAGAGAUAGGAAUGGUAUUUUUCAUUCUUGCAGCUAAUUUGCAUGUAAGAUGGCAUCAGUUACAGGUUGCUCUCUUCUCCAAGAAACAGUUUAGACAAUAACAUUCAUAAGUCCAACACGUGGCAGAAAACGUUUCUGUGUUUGUGUAUCAGACAUGUGGCGCGCAGCUGUUGUAGUCACUCUGCUGUAUGUGAUGCUGACUGCAGUAUACUGUAACAUUAGAGCAGCUUAUUAAUGAGAAAUGCAAAUAAGGCCUCCAACGUUUUAUAAUAAACUGAAAUUUGAGUCAUUCUCUU